CCGCCGGCGGGCGCCGGCCCGGCCCAUGGCCCGCGGCGCGGAGCCCGGCCCAGCCCGGCCCCCGAGGCGCUGAGGCCGGAGCAUGGCCCCCGGGAGCCAGACGGAGCCGGGGAGAGGGUGACCGCCCGCCGAGGACACGUUGCCGGUGGCCUUGGGGGGGGGGGGGGGCUUUUAUUAUUAAUUAUUGGGGGUUUUCGGUUUUUUAAUUCUUUUGGGGGGCACCGUUUUUUUCCUCCUCCUUCGGCUCGGUGGAAAACACACGUUUUAGAACAAAAUACCAAAAAGCCCACCCUCUUUGCUUUGCUUUUCGCAGCAACUUGGAAGCCCGUUAAUUGCACUUGGCUAUGGAUGAGUUCCACCCCUUCAUCGAGGCGCUGCUCCCCCACGUCCGGGCCUUCGCCUACACCUGGUUCAACCUGCAGGCCCGCAAGCGCAAGUACUUCAAGAAGCACGAGAAGAGGAUGACAAAGGACGAGGAGAGGGCGGUGAAGGAUGAGCUGCUGAGCGAGAAGCCGGAGGUGAAGCAGAAAUGGGCCUCGCGCCUCCUGGCCAAGCUGCGCAAGGACAUCCGGCCCGAGUGCCGGGAGGACUUCGUGCUCUCCAUCACGGGCAAGAAGCCCUCGUGCUGCGUCCUCUCCAACCCCGACCAGAAGGGGAAGAUGCGCCGCAUCGACUGCCUGCGGCAGGCGGACAAGGUCUGGCGGCUGGACCUGGUCAUGGUCAUCCUCUUCAAAGGGAUCCCGCUGGAGAGCACCGACGGCGAGCGCCUGGUCAAGUCGGGCCAGUGCACCAACCCCAUCCUCUGCGUCCAGCCCCACCACAUCAGCGUCUCCGUCAAGGAGCUCGACCUCUACCUGGCCUACUUUGUCCGCGAGAGAGAUGCAGAGCAGAGCAGCAGCCCCCGGACGGGCAUCGGCUCGGACCAGGAGGACAGCAAACCCAUCACGCUGGCGCUCCCUCCUCUCUCCCAUGCAGAUUCGACAGACUUCCAGGAAAGCUUUGUCACCUCGGGGGUGUUCAGUGUCACCGAGCUCAUCCAGGUGUCCCGAACGCCGGUGGUGACAGGCACGGGGCCAAACUUCUCCCUGGGGGAGCUGCAGGGCCACCUGGCCUACGACCUGAACCCCUCCAGCACUGGCAUGAGGAGGACACUGCCCAGCACCUCCUCCAGCGGGAGCAAACGGCACAAGUCGGGGUCCAUGGAGGACGACAUCGACACCAGCCCGGGGGGCGAGUACUACACCUCCUCCAACUCCCCCACCAGCAGCAGCCGCAACUGGACAGAAGACAUGGAAGGGGGCAUCUCCCCCACCGUGAAGAAGACGGAGAUGGACAAGUCCCCCUUCAACAGCCCGUCGCCCCAGGACUCCUCGCCCCGGCUGAGCAGCUUCACACAGCACCACCGUCCCGUCAUCGCGGUGCACAGCGGUAUCGCUCGAAGCCCGCACCCAUCGUCUGCGCUGCAUUUCCCCACCACCUCCAUCCUCCCCCAGACGGCCUCCACCUACUUCCCGCACACGGCCAUUCGGUACCCGCCUCAUCUCAACCCGCAGGACCCGCUGAAAGAUCUCGUCUCGCUGGCCUGCGACCCGUCCAACCAGCAGCCCGGACCGUUAAAUGGAAGUGGUCAAGUGAAAGUGCCCAGCCACUACCUGCCCACGCAGAUGCUGGCGCCGCCACCUCCCCCCGGCAUGCCCCGCUUGGCCGUCUCUCCUGACACCAAAUCCACCACGACAACUACCGAGGGAGGGACGACCUCACCGACAUCACCCACCUACUCUGCACCAGGCACGCCCCCUGCGAACCGUUCCUUCGUGGGAUUAGGACCAAGGGAUCCUGGGAGUAUCUAUCAGGCACAGUCCUGGUACCUGGGAUAACCGCCGCCGUGCCGCCCCUUCGCCUCCCUUCUCCUCUGCUUUAGGCACCCCCAGAGGAACAUCCCCGUCCCCGAGCACCAGGCCCAGCCUUGCGGUGACGACGGAGAGCGCGGACUCACGACGACGAUGACGACGACGACAAGCAAAACCCACACCCGAAGGAAAGAGCGAGGGAAAGGAAGAAGGAAAAGGGUCAAACUUUUUUAAAAAGGAAAAAAAAAUACAAACAAAACAACAACCCAUCCCAGGAGGACCUUCCCCCCCCACCCCAGCGAUGCACCAGAAAACAAAGAAACAGAAAAAAAAGAAAGAAAAACACUAUUAUUUGCCCCGUCGGCCGGCGCCGCGCCGAGACCUGACACAACUCGUGCCAGUGAUGCCUCCCGGAGCGGCAGCGGGGCUGCGGCGCCAGAGCCCUGCUGGCCACUUGCCGGAGGGUCGGAUAUGCAAACGGCUCUUGACUCUCUCAUUCUUGCCUCUAUGUGAGUAGAAAAGAUCAAACCCCCCCACCACCCCCCACCCACCCCCCCCCGGCCCCACGCAGACUCUCGGGAGGCCCCGGGGCCGGGGUGGGGCACGGCAGGGUGGGGGGACGACACCUCCUGCCGCCGGUUCCCAACGGACGCGGCCACGCUUGCCGUUGGGACGAUGUGAUGCUCCGUGCCGUGAAAGCGCCUCGGGGAUGGGCGACACCGUGCUGCGGUGACACGGUGACGUGGUGAUGCGGUGACACGGCGAUGCGGUGACGCAGUGGCGUGGUGGCACAGUGACACGGUGGCAUGAUGGCCAGGUGGCACGGUGGCCGGCUCGGCUUGGCACGAGCGGGUGUCACAGGAGGAGGGGGCUUUGGGCCACGGAGGGUGCAUGGGCACAGCUGGAGACGGUCGCGGUGGCGGUGGCACCCCAAUUCCCUUGGGGACGUGGCGUGGGCACGCUCCCACCACGGCCCCGGUGGGACCCGGGCUGCCACCGUCGAGCCGGGGCAUCGGUCGCCGUCUCUCUGCAAUGCCUUCCUUGCCCGCCGGCGUCCACCAGCCCCGUCCCCACGUGUCCCCACGUGUGUCCCUGUGUCCCCACGCCGGGGGUUCCGUGGGGCUGUGGUGGGGUGUGCGUCCGUGUGUCUGAGCUAUGCAUUCCUGUGGACAGGUUCCAGGUGGAUGGCGAGGAGAGGGUGCGCUCGUGUUGCACAUUUUGUAGGAAAUGCACUUUUAAGAGGGAAUCGUCAAAAAAAAAAAAAAGAAAGAGAAGAAGAAAAAAAAAAUCACAAAAAAGGAGGAGGAGGAGGAGAAAGAGGAGGAGGAGGAGGAGACGGAGCCCCCGGCACUGGCUUGCCGGGAUGGCUGGUUUGGGGUUUUUUGGGUUUUUUUUUUUUUUUUUUUUUUAAAUACAAAAGGAUGGAGAAAAGGAGCCCGAGCGAGGGCGAGGGCAGAGCCAGCCCCACGGAGCCCCUGGCCCCGCGUCAAGUGCCUGAACUGCGGCGGGGAGGGGUCCCGGGACCCCCGGCGGAGCCCCCGGCCGGGGACAGCGCUGGAGGAAGCGCCUGGCCGUCCCCGUCCCACGCGAUGGCGGCGUGGCCGGGAAGGGGACGCGGGGACGUGGCAGUGCCUUAGAGCAGAGGGACCCACGCGGCGGCCGAGGCGAGGAGGAGGAGGAAGAUGACGAAGGCACCCGGCGUCUCCAGCGAGAUGGUGGCGGCCACGGAGGAGACCGGUCCCAGGCGUGUCCCCAAAGGGACCCCAGGGAGCCCACGCCCCAGGGGACACCCCACAGGUGAUGAUGGAGAGAAGCCACCGUGGGAUGUCCGGGAGCAGGGGACGUCACCGAAGCCACCGCCACCACCGGCCUGGCCCCCUCCCCUGGCACCCAGAGCCGGCCCGUGGACCACCGGCAUCGCAUCCCCCAUCCCACCGGCCCCCCGCUCCACCCCGCUUCCCACCCCCCGGGACAGCACAGCGAGGCCGGAUCCUGCCCGCCCGCGGCGUGGCACCGGGGAAAGGGCUGACGCAGGAAAUCCCGGGAGAGAAAAAGUAAUCAAAAAGGACAAGAAACGGAGAAAACCCACAAAAAAAAGGAAAAAAAAAAAAAAAAAAAAAAAAAGCGCUUGGCGGAGAAGGAAACCUGUUUUUUUAAAAAGAUCUGAGAAAAGAAACACAUGAAAAAAAAGAAAAAGACAAAAAAAAAAAAAAGACAAAUAAACUGCAUGGUGCUUUAACAGGAUCUGGUGACCUGGCUCAACCCAGCCGCGGAUGGCUGAUGCUGUGCAUGGCAGACUGUAUUAACCGGCUCUACCUUCCCCCUUCAGCAAAAGAGAAAAAAAAAAAGAGGAAAAAAAAAAAAAAAAUUC